AUGCUGAGGCUGUGUGUUGUGUUCAUCUACCUUUCAUAUGGGGUGAAAACAGAUCCCGGGGAGACAUGUCCUGCGUUCACAGCUCUCAGCUUCAGCAACGCUUUGAUAGGGACCGACCUGAAAGUGAAGCUAAUGCUGUACACCAGGCAGAACCCAGACUGUGCUGAAGAGCUCAAUUCUACAGCCUCCAAGUAUCUAGAUCUGACCAAGAAAACCACCUUCAUUAUCCACGGGUACCGGCCCACAGGCUCUGCCCCGGUCUGGAUCCCUGGCUUGGUGCAUCUCCUGCUUUCUGCGGAAGCUAUGAACAUCAUCGUUGUGGACUGGAACCGGGGAGCAACAACCGUCAUCUACAGCACAGCUUCCAGAAACAGCAAGAAAGUUGCUGAGAUUCUGAAGAAACUUAUUGAUGAAAUGUUGAUUGCCGGAGCAUCACUUGACUCCAUUCACAUGGUAGGAGUAAGCCUGGGAGCACACAUCUCCGGCUUCGUGGGACAGAUGUUUGAUGGUAAACUCGGCAGAAUCACAGGCCUUGACCCAGCAGGCCCCCUGUACAGAGGGCAGCCGCCCGGCGAGAGGUUGGACCCCACCGAUGCGCAGUUCGUCGAUGUUAUCCACUCGGACACCGACGGACUCGGCUACGCGGACACCCUGGGCCACAUAGACUUCUACCCCAACGGCGGGACCGACCAGCCCGGCUGCCCACUGACAAUAUUUUCUGGAAUGCAGUAUUUUAAAUGUGACCACCAGAGGUCUGUUUUCCUGUUCAUGUCAUCCCUGAAAAAGAGCUGCAAUAUUACGGCAUACCCGUGUGACUCGUACAGAAGCUACAGGAAUGGCAAAUGUACCAGCUGCGAAACUUUUCAGCCUAUGCCAUGCCCCAUCCUAGGCUAUUAUGCCCACAAGUGGAAAAGCUAUUUAACACAACAGAGCCAUCCAGUGACAAACAUGUUUUUUGAUACAGCGGACAAAGAGCCAUUUUGUAUUUACCACUACUUUGUGGACAUCAUUACAUGGAACAAAGACACCAGGAGAGGCACCUUCAGCAUGGUGUUAGCUGAUGAUGCUGGGCAGAAGGCAGAAUCUAAAGUUAAUCCAGAAGCUGCAGCCUUUCAUCAGUACAACCAAAUCAGUUUGCUAAUUGGAUUCGACCAGGAUUUUGAAAAUGUAAAAAGAAUUUCCUUGACAUUUUCCACGGGAUCUGUCAUCAGCCCGAAAUACAAACUCAGGAUUCUCCAAAUGAGGUUCCGGUCACUUACAAACCCAGAAAGACCGCAGCUGUGCAGGUACGACCUCGUCCUGACGGAGAACACCAAGAAAACCUUCCGGCCCAUCCCGUGCCAGGCCAGGCGCUGA